ACUGACGAUAUACUUCCAUUUUUUGUUUCAUGUCUUGUCUGUUAUUUUCUUUAUUUAUCAUUUUACUCGUUUGAGGUUAGAGAACUUAAGACGAGUAGGACAAUAUUACAACAUUUCGUUGCAAAGCUACAGUACAACAACAAUAUAUAUUCCCAAAUGGAACCGAUAAGUGAUCUUCGUAUUGCGGUGAUUUGCUCCAGCAAUAUGAAUCGCAGCAUGGAAGCCCAUGCAUUUCUUGCUAAAAAAGGGUUUUUAGUACAAUCAUUUGGCACAGGUGACAAAGUCAAGUUACCAGGUUCUGCAGCUGAUAAACCAAAUAUUUACGAUUUUGGUAUAACUUAUGAUGAGAUUCAUAAAGAUCUAUUGAGCAAAGACAAGACCCUAUAUACACAGAAUGGUUUAUUGCAUACCUUAGAUAGAAAUCGAAGAAUUAAAUCUCAUCCAGAGAGGUUCCAAGAGAAUAAGGACUUAUUCGAUAUAUUAAUUACUUGUGAAGAGAGAGUUUAUGACCAAGUAUUGGAGUGCAUGGAGAAUCGGGAACCUGUUACCAAUUCAAUUGUUCAUAUAGUAAAUGUUGAUAUUCAAGACAAUUUAGAAGAAGCUACGAUUGGGGCUUUCCUUAUUAGUGACUUGUGUAUGAUGCUUUCCAAGAGUGAAGAUAUUGACAACGACAUAGAUGAAGUAUUGCAUGAUUUUGAGGAGAAAUGUAAAAGACCCAUAUUGCACAGUAUUGCCUUUAAUUAACUGAAUUGAAGAAUAUAAGUAAUUCUACUUAUGUAAAUAUUAAUUUCUAUUUUAUUUCAUUACACAGAAAUAUAUAGGGUUUUGUUUUA